AUUCGACAAGUGAGCCUUUUCCCUUUCAAAGCAUCGGUGUGUUUGCAAAAUGAUUUCAUAAUAAUUGUUCCGUGAACAGUGCCGAGUAAAUAUUAGUCAGCUGCAGCAGUACUUUAACGACGAUAAAUUAUCACGAACGAAAGCAGGAACGAGAAAAACGACUAAAAAAUGGGAAGUUUUAUGUCGUCCCACCAUAGUCGAUCGGGUGGCACAACGGGUGAACGGUCGGCAGAGAUGGCGGAGCAGUGGGUGGAACGGGAAGAAAAUGACCCCAACAUUGUGAACCGCGCGCCUACCUUUUCCGCGAACGACGACAAAAGUUGUGCAAUAGUAGGUAAUAAAUCAGAAGUUCUUACGAUAAACAGCGAUACUGCUGGAAGCGAUCCUGAACAUAGCCAUUGCUCUGCCGAGCCUUGUGGUGGCAGUGGGGGAAAAUGUGCAGAACUGGAAGAGUUCCGUCAAGAACUUACCGUAAAGCGUGAAAUGCGAAAAUCAAAAAUGGCGGAUAUCAAGCAUGAAAUGGACCAGCUGAGAAAAAGUCUGGCGGAAGAAAAAGGAAAAAAUCGUGCACUCAUACGAUACAUUCAGAGUCAACAGCAGACAAAGACAUCCGUGGAACCAGCUGUUGGCGACGAGUUGAGUUUACCGGCUGCUGCUAACGACGACAGUGCAAAAAUGGUGCAAAACGAGAGCGAAAACAUCGCGGAAAAACAGUUAGAACAAAGCGAUUCUAGUUCAAGCACCUCCACAACCAGUCCGGAUGAUUUACGCCUCGCGCUAAAGAAAGACCUAGCUGAGUCACAGCUUCAACUGCAGAUCGCAAACGGGGAGAUUCUAACGCUGCAGAGCGUGAUCGAUCAGUUACGAGCGCAAGUUCAAACCCUCCGGACGCCGUCUGCCGAGGAGGAAGCCGCCGAAGCCGCGCGAAAUCAGGAACUUCGAAAGCUGAAAGUGGAACUAGCCGAUUCCCAGUUUCAGUUGCAAAUUUCGAACGCCGAAGUGCUCGGCCUACAGAGUGAUAUUGGACAGUUGAAAAACCAGAUCAAGGGCCUGAAGGACGUCAUCAAGGCCGGCAAAGAGAUCAUCGCUAUUCGCGAAGAUCAAGUCGAGCAGUUGAAAGCGAAACUGCGCCAGAUCGAGGACUCACUGCAGGAGCGGGAACUGCAGAUAAUGUCCGCCGAUUUGCGCCGGGAGUACGAACGACAAAUGAGCAACAUCCGCAACCUGCGUGAACUGUACGAGGAACGGGAACGGGUCUCAAGAAUGGAACGUGACAAUUUACUGCGGCAGCUCGAGCUGCGUAAAAACGAUCUCGAAGCAGAACAGGAAAAAAACAAAAAUCUCGAAUCACAUGUCGCCAGCAUGCAGGCCGACUUGGAAGCAACAAAAACGGAACUGGCCCAAACGAAAGACCGGCUAGACCAAUCGCUGUCCGAGUCGAAACAACUGCAGGCCGAAAUGAGCGUCGUAAAUCAAUUCAUAUCCAAGUUCCUGCUGGGAAUGAGUCGAAAGCAAACGCCCGGUGGAGUAAAUCUGGACAAACUGACCGAAGUGCUGGAGGAAAACCGCGGUUUGCUUAUCGAAAUGACUAAACAGGAAGCGGAAACGAUCGAUUUGGGGGCUUUUUUGCCCCGUGCUUUAUACGAUUUGGUCGCCGAAGUGGACGAGCAGCAAAACGAUGUACCGGACCCGGAGCAGGCAGACAUAUCGGACGAGGACACCACAACCGCCGCCGCCGGUGAGAACGACCAAGCGGCUGCUGGCGGUGAGCGCGGGUGGUUCGCCGACGGACAGCAAGCUUCACCGGAGCAAAUCGCUGACAAAUUGCCAAAAGUAUGGCGUGUUUUGAUAGAACUGGUGAAUCACCAGGAGCGUGCCGAGCCGGUUCCCUUUGUGGAAAACGGUGAGAGUGACGACUGUCUGAAAUUAGAGCAAACGAAGAACGGACCGAAGACUGUUGUCAGCGUGAGCAAAACCUACCUCAAACUAAAGGAUCUCAUUUUGGAGAAAAAAUCGUUGAAAAAGGAAACCAACCGUCUGAAAACGCUCAACUCCCACUUGGAACGUCGGCUGGAAACGCAGGAAAAGCGGCUCAGUGCAGUCAGUCUGGAGUUAACUAAAACUUGGCAUCUUGUUGGCAAAAUGCAACGCCAACACCGGCAACUGCACACUCAGGAGCAAAUUCUGCGCUAUCAUUUGCAGCAGAAGCGACGUCUACUGAGCGAACUGAAGGAAGAGCUGGAGUACUGCCGUUUGAAGUGGUCCGCUGCUCGGCAGAAAAACAUCGAAUCCGAGGACCAGUGGCGAAGUUUGAAGGCCGAUUUUGCAUCCCGUAAGAAGCAAGACUCACUGAACAACAAUUCGGGUGAAAGUGGGUACAGCGACGAACAACCGACCGACGACGAAGACGAGGAAUACUCUGGAGGACAAAACAAGGUUCAAAGAUCGAAGGAAUUUAGAGAUUUGUUAGUCAACUUUCAACGAUGUCGCAGCGCUUCAUUAACGAAUGUCCUAUCUAUGACGGUGCAGACAGUUAGAAAAUGUCACAGUGAAACGGAUAUGAAAUCAUUGAAUAAUGUCGAAAGAGCUAAUCAAUUUUGCAAUGAAAAAAUUGAGGAUCUACCUAUGUUCCCGGAAGAGGAAAUCAUAUGUCCGAUUAAAAAGAAAUCAAAAGCACAGAAAAAGAAGAAACAGAAAGAGAAAAAAGGCCCAGAAACAGCAGAGGAGAUGUUUAUGCGGCUGUCCGGGCUUGGGCAGGAAACUAACGCAGAUGAUAACGAUGAUGAUGAUGAGGAUGAUGAUGAUGAUGGAGAUGAUUCGGAGGAAGAUAUCAGUGAAGAUUCCCAAUGUUCCGAAAUUGAAAAAAUUGAACAGAGAAGUUUAAGCCCUGUUGAGGAAAUUGCCAAGGAACCCGAACUAACCAGCGAAGAAAUGUUCAAUAUGAAACGUGAAGCCCGACUGAAGCGAAUGGAGGAGCUGAAUUCGAGACUGGACAGCUACGCUACUCCAACGAGGUCUACGGAUAGCGGAAGCACAUCAACGGUUGUAGAAGGUCCAUCCAGGGUACUAUCACCGACUGAGGAAGACUAUCUGCAAAGAAGAGCAGCUAGGCUAGAACGCUUGGAACGGGAGGCUAAAGAGUUUCACAGCAAAUUAUCCCGAGCUGUGAACCGUGGAAGUGAAAUUUCCGCCCAAAUUGAUGAAAUCCACAACGGGUUCAUAGCUAGACAGUCAGAAUCACCUACAGCUGCUAGCAGCUCAUCAGAGCAACAGACGAUUGCCAGCAAAACUACAAAACUUUCCGAAAGUGAGCAAGCUGCUCUGACAGAAAGAGAACGCGAUUACACACAAAAUCGAUCCGACCGUCUUCAACGACUGGAAAAUCAGAGUCAAUCUCUUCUUGACCAAAUGAACCGAACCUUACAACGAGGAUCAAAAUUGACUUCACGCCUCGAUUCUCUCCACUCUCGUUACAACAGUAGCGAACACCACAGUGAUAGUGAAAUGUCACCAAAAGACUCUACUACUGUUGAACCCUCAACCGAAGAUCUCGAAGUAUCAAAUGAACUGUCACGCAACAGUCCAACAGUCCCAGUCGAACACCAAAUAGUUCCUCUGUCGGCUUCCAUCGAUACUGUUUUACUGGAAAACUCGAUCAUCAUACCGGCCAACGGCCCAAUCGAGUUGGUUCUAGUGUCCGACGAAGAAUAUGCCGACGAAAUCGAGGUCAACCUACAUCCAGCAUCUGUGAAUGCAACCUCAAGCAUGGAAGAAGAACAAAAUCCGAACGAACACAACGAUGCCUCCUCGGCUUCUCACCAGUGAAGCGCAACAGUAAAACGUUUAAUUAGCCUCUAACCAAAAGACAUGUCCACCAGAAUGUCCUCAAGUUUAUAUUUGCAACCAUGUAUGACAAACGUACCGUUUCUGUGUUAAUAUUGUAGCUUUCAUAUUUUUUAGGAUAAUAAAUUAAC